AUGGUGCGCGAGAUUGGAGGGGCAUGCGGGGAGCCUAAGGCCCGGCGCUUUCCAGCCGGGUUCGCCUGGGGCUCGGCGACGUCGGCGUACCAGGUGGAGGGCGGCUGGACGGAGGGCGGCAAGGGACGCAGCAUCUGGGACAGCUUCGCCCACACGGCGGGCAAGAUCGCAGACGGCAGUGAUGGCGACAUGGCGGACGACCAGUACCACAGGUUUGCGGAGGACGUGCGGCUGAUGGCCAAGAUGGGGCUCCGGCACUACAGGAUGUCGAUCGCCUGGACGCGGAUCCAGCCCACGGGCACGGGGCCCGCCAACCUGGAGGGCGUGGCGUUCUACAACCGAGUGCUGGACUGCCUGCAGGAGGCCGGGAUUGAGCCAUGGGUGACAAUCUACCAUUGGGACCUGCCCCUGGCGCUGCAGGUGGAGAGGGACGGCUGGCUGGGCGGGGAGUACGUGAUCAACGCGUAUGUCGAGUACGCCCGCCUGUGCUUUCACCACUUCGGCGACCGCGUCAAGCGGUGGAUCACGUUCAACGAGCCCUGGUGCGUCAGCGUGGUGGGCUUCGGCACGGGCGAGCACGCGCCGGGACGGAACUGGCAACCCCAGAGGGAGCCCUACAUCGUGGCGCACAACCUCCUGCUGGCGCACGCCAAGGCCGUCAAGCUCUACCGCGAGCAGUACAAGUCGUGGCAGGAGGGAAUCAUCGGGAUCACCAUGAACAGCGACUGGCGGGAGCCGCUGCCGGAGGACAACCCUAGCCGGUACAUGCGCAACUGCGAGGCCGCGGAGAGGACGCGGCAGUUCUUCCUGGGCUGGUUCGCGGACCCCGUGUACUUCGGGGACUACCCGCAGCUGAUGAAGGUGCGGCUGGGCGACCGGCUGCCGGCCUUCACGCCGGUGGAGAAGGCGAUGCUGAAGGGCAGCGCGGACUUCUUCGGGCUCAACCACUACACCACCACUUACGCCGCGGACGCCCUGCCAGGCAUGGCUGUUGGUUUUGUCAGCACAGAGAGCAAGGCAGACUGGGUGCUCGUGUCGGAUGAGGAGGACGAUGCCCCAAGCAGCAGGGACACCGAUCCAGUCGAGGUGCAGAGCAUUUAUGGCUGGGAGAAGGUACACCGCCACAAGAAGAAGACGCCUUCCAACGUGGCCUUGGGUGGAUGGUUUACGGACUGCGGCACACAGUGGACCUGUGACAAGGAGUGGUCGAUGAACGACAUGGGGUGGGCCGUCGUUCCCUGGGGCCUGCGCAAACAGCUGGCGUGGAUACAAGAUCGGUACUCACCACCAGGGGGCAUAAUCGUCACGGAGAAUGGAUGCGCUUGCAAGGAGGACGAUGCAGCAUCGGCCAAGUGCGAUAACCAGAGGGUGGCCUACCUGCAUGGCUACAUCUCCGAGAUGCACAAGGCGAUUGUGGAGGAUGGUGUAGACUGCCGCGGCUAUUUCGUGUGGGCAUUCAUAGACAAUUUUGAGUGGGCGCUUGGAUAUUCUAAGCGUUUUGGCCUGCAUUGGGUCGAUUACAACACGCUUGAGAGGGUCCCCAAGGAGUCUAGCAAGUGGUACGCGAAGGUCAUCGCAGCCAACGGCCUGGUGCCUGUCGAUGGCUGA